AUGAAAGGAGAAUUUGAACCUAAUACAAAACAAGGAAAGAAAAUUGCUAGUCUUCUCAGAGCUCUAAAGAAAGUACAAGUAAAUCUCAAAAAAACAAAACUGGAUGAUGACAGCAUAUGUGAAGUGAAGAAAUUGUAUGUCAACAUUGGUGAAUUUCCUGCAUUACUUAAGUACUGUCAAAGUAUUGAAGAAAUACAAGAAAAUUAUGUUGAUGAGAUUUCUCAGUUGGGUAGACACCUUUCUAUACUUUUAAAGUGGUCUGUUAUAGACAGCAAGCUUUUUGAGAUACCUGCAACUCCACUAACUAUUCUGAGACCUGCUCUCUACUUUCAUAAUCUCAAAGUAGUACUUGAAGAAUAUCCUGAUCUACAAGUUAACAAUAUUCUGGAUGCAUUAUUUAAAAAUAAAAAAAUUGAAAUGGUGGGUACUUGGUAUCAAAUCCAAAUGAAGGGGUGGUUAGAAUGGUUUAGCUUAAAACAAAAUCAUAAUGAUUACUUUUAUACAAUAGAUACUCAUACAACACUAUCAGCAAUCAUGUUAUUACUCCUUUAUAACCCAGUUCAAUGUCGAGGACUUAGUAGCUACCCAUCAGAAGCUCAUGUAAAGAUUCAAAUGUGGUCAAAAGAAGGUUCAUCAAGAUCUGAUUUUGCUGCUGUGAUAUUGAACUCAAGACACUUGCACUUCCCUUUUUUCAUUGUUGAAUUUGAACAGCAAGGUUUUAAGGUUCACAAGGAUUUUGCAGUUAUUGUUUGUGAAGAUGUAUUUGAACUAAAUAAAAUUUUAGUGAAGACACAAGGUCUUUUGCCUGAAAAAAUAAUUCAAAUUAAGAUACAUGUUGGACUCAUUAAUGAUACAUCUAUUAACUUGGGUGUGAUCAGACCAAUAUUUAAUGAUGAUAAGACAGCAGUACUCUUUGCAUAUGAUCAAGACAUUGUAUCUUAUAACAUUCAAACAUGA